CAAUUACACCAAUAUUUCCCUUCUCCCUAUAUAAUGCACUACAAAAACCCUAAUUGGCUUGCGCACGGGAACAGGGGGCUUGUAGCUAAUAGAGCAGGAGCAUUUUCUCUUCCCUCGCAGCACCUGGGCCGUAGCAUCGAGCUGCUCCAUCGAAAAUGAAGUUCAAUAUUGCGAAUCCUACCACUGGAUGCCAGAAGAAGCUCGAGAUAGACGAUGACCAGAAACUCCGUGCAUUUUUUGACAAAAGGAUCUCACAAGAAGUCAGUGGAGAUGCCCUGGGUGAGGUGUGUUAUUGUCAGCUGUCUGUUCACUCGGAAUCUCAGCAAGUCCUUUAGGGUGAUGCUCUUUAGUAUUUUCCGUAUGUUGACCUGCCUUCUCUAUUUUCAGGAGUUCAAGGGUUAUGUCUUUAAGAUUAUGGGAGGUUGUGAUAAGCAAGGUUUUCCAAUGAAACAGGGAGUUCUAACUCCUGGCCGUGUUAGACUUUUGCUACACAGAGGUACCCCUUGCUUCCGUGGAUAUGGCAGGCGAAAUGGAGAACGUAGAAGAAAGUCUGUUCGUGGAUGUAUUGUUAGCCAAGAUCUAUCAGUUCUGAACUUGGUAAUUGUCAAGAAAGGUGAGAAUGAUCUGCCUGGACUGACAGACACUGAGAAGCCUAGAAUGAGAGGUCCUAAGAGGGCAUCAAAAAUCAGGAAGCUGUUUAACCUUUCGAAAGAGGAUGAUGUCAGGAAGUACGUCAACACUUACCGCAGAACAUUUACAACCAAAUCUGGUAAGAAGGUUAGCAAAGCUCCCAAAAUUCAGAGGCUGGUGACUCCCUUGACUUUGCAAAGAAAGCGUGCUAGAAUAGCAGACAAGAAGAAGAGAAUUGCCAAGGCCAAGGCUGAGGCUGCUGAAUAUCAGAAGCUCCUUGCCACCAGGUUGAAGGAGCAGCGUGAACGCCGCAGUGAGAGCUUGGCAAAGAAAAGAUCUAGACUGUCUGCUGCGUCAAAGCCAUCUGUUGUGGCAUAGAUGUUUGACAUUUUUCUAGAGUGGAUGUCAUGUCUUAUUUUGGUUGAGUUAAUUUUGAUUGUUUCUUUGGAUUUUGAGAGCUACUUUAAAUGUUUCCUGCGUUUAUAACAAAUUCAAACAUCUGAAGUUUUUGUUGUCAAUUUAAUAUUUUGUGAUAUUUUUAACCA